AUGGCAUCGGGAAAGCCAAAACAGUGGGCGAGGCCGGCGCCGAAGAAGAAGCCGGCCAAGACAGACGCUCUGGUGACGGCGGAUGAUUUCCAGGACGCGGCAGACUUCGAAGAGAGCGCGGGAGGGAAGCAUCGAGUGGGCGAUCCCGUCAAAUCGGGACGCGCAUUCGUUCGGGCAUUGCACAUCUACGACAGAGGCCUCCAGAAACAUCCGCACAGCUUCGACCUCGCGUACAACAAGGCACGACUGCAACUCGAAAUCUCACAGCAGGCGAAUCUCGUCGAGCAUAUCGGCGUGCCGCUGGUGGAAUGGCUGCAGACGACCCUGGAAUCGCAUCGAUAUGCCCUCCAGCUGAACCAGGACAACCCUGAUGUCCUCUUCAAUACUGCUCAGAUCCUGACCAGCCUAGCGGAGCAGCUGUCCGAAGAUGAUCGUCAGGCCGAGGCGAGGACCUUGCUGCAGGAAGCCUUGGAGCUGCUGUCUUCUUGCCUGUCGAGGCAGGAGAUCAUGCUUGAGCAGCAUAAACUCGACUUUCCGGAUACUGAGGAGGGUGGUGUACCGCUCGAGCCUCAAGACCAGCCCUCUCCUGCUCCUGCUCCGUCGUCUUCGCAACAUGUCGACAUGGGAGACGAGCAAUCUGCCACAGUCGAGACCCCUGUCGGCCCUGUCGAUCUUUUGGAUACCGUGCAUGCUUCUCUGUCCGCGCUCACAACGCUUGUGCCGUUGGUAGAUGAGAGCGACCUGCAGAACUUGGGCGACAUGGCGCAGGCGUUGACCGAGACCAAAGCUCCAGGCUACAUACCUCUUCUACCGGCAGAAGAUCAGACCAAAGAAGUCUUCGCCAUCGCGCUUGAUAGGGCUACUUUCAUCGCCGCAUUCGCCAAUGUACAAUUUGAAGCACAAGUCAUCGGGUUUCAAACGUAUCUCGAAAGACUCGACACUUUCGACGUCCCAGGCAAGGAGGAAGACGUCAAUGCCCUAUGCUCAGAAGCACAAGCACGCACAGAACUCGUCAUGUCUGCUCUCGAUCGCUUCGACGAGCCCUCCGAGCUGCCCUCCGCUACGUGCUGGAAACAGCUCACUCUCGCGCAGGAUCUCUACUCGAAAGCCACCAGACUUACGUCAGAAGAGGCGCAGGAGCGGAAAGCGGACAUAUAUCAGACGAAAGGCGACCUCGAAUUGCUCAGACAUCGAAUCGCUAACGUGCAGAAGGCGGAUCUCUCAGACGCUAUUCGAAAGAGCGCACCGACCCUCGUUCAGAAUGCUCAGACUUACUACAAGGGUGCUGUGUCUCACGCCAAGGCUAGUGAGGAUGAAGAGGUGGAGGAGGAUGCGCAGCAGAGGUGGGAUCUUGCUAAGCAUAUUGCGGCUGUGAUGUAUGGCAAUGGCAGUCCGACCGAGGAUGUUGAGGGGCUCUCGGAAGCUCUGGAGGGCUGCGUCGAGGAAGGUCUGGUCAGCUCGUCGAUGGCACAGGCGCUCACCCAGUCAUCGUUCGCAUCGCGGAGCUAG